AUGAUAAUAUUUAUUUAUUUCUUUGAAUUCCAGUCAUAAGUAUUUUUUAUAUUUUAUAUUAAAACAGAUGAAACAUCAUUAUGAGAGUGAUGAGGACGAUGAAGAGUUGAAAGUAAUGAAUCUCGAAAUCAUUAGAUAGGGGAUGUUAUCUAAGGAAGAUUCAGUAUAAGUUAGAAAAUUGGAGAGGGCUCUUUCGGGUAGGUUUAUAAAGUGAUAGAUCAAAAAAGCGGGGAUUAGGUGAUGGCAAUGAAAGUCGAAGUUGAGGAGGAAGAUUAUAGUAUGUUGGAGAAGGAAAUCAAAGUAUUGAUCGAAAUGAGGUAUUGGGUAAGAUGAUAAAUAUUAGAAAAAAAACUGGAUUCCCAUAAAUAAAGUUUUAUGGAUAGGAAAAGAGAUUCACAUAUUGCAUAAUGACGAUGCUCGGAAAGAAUUUAGAAUCUGUAGUAAGAAAGUGCGGAGGCAAUUUUGAUUUAGGGACAUCAUUAAAGAUCGCGAUUCAAGUAGGUCAUCGAUACAAUAUAUAGUGAA